AUGAAAGCAUGGUGUAUGCUCCUAACCUUUUUACAUGCGACGGCCGGAUUGACGCCCUCCGCUGCUGAGCGCUCUUUGAAAGUCCAGGACUUGUUGUCGUCCAUGUCCCUGGAACAGAAAGUAGGCCAGAUGCUGCAGCUCGAUCUAGUGGGUUUCUUGGACCCUGGUUCGCUGGACCUGAACACAACUCGAUUGGCGGCCGUCUUCCGUAAGUACCAUAUCGGCAGCAUUCUCAACUCUCCAUUCACCCUUGGGCCUUGCGGGGGGAAAAAUGGCUGGAGCGCCGGAGAGUGGAAAGAAUUGCUGCGUCGUAUACAUUCAACCGCACAGGAGGUUGGAAUACUGCCGCCAUUGUAUGGAAUCGACAGCGUACAUGGGGCGAAUUACAUCUACGGUGCAACUCUUUUCCCCCAGCAGAUCAAUGCAGCGGCCUCGUUCAACCGGGAGCUAGUGUGGGCGAUGGGUCGGGUUCAAGGGAAGGACACAAAAGCAGGUGGAAUACCCUGGCUGUUUGCACCCAUACUGGGCAUCAAUACACAGCCUCUGUGGUCGCGAAGCUUUGAAACCUUUGGGGAGUGUCCUUACCUGGCAGCCGAGAUGGGCAAAGCUAUCAUCCGCGGUAUCCAAACCGACUCAAAUCCAGACUUUCCCGGACUGCCCCCAGCCGCUGCGUGCAUGAAACACUUCAUCGCGUAUCCUGCUGCUGUCACGGGCCACGACCGCUCCCCCAUCGAGCUCAACGCGCGCACUGUCAAGAGCCUGUACGCGCCCCCUUUUUGGGCGGCCGUGAGGGAGGCGGGGGUAAAGUCGGCGAUGGAGGCUUACACAGAGGUAUCGGGCGUGCCCAUGGCCUCGUCCAGGGAGUACCUGGUGGAUCUAUUGCGGGAGGAGAUGGGCUUCGAAGGCAUGCUCGUCACGGACUACAACGAGAUCGCCAACUUGCACCAGUUCCACUUCGUGGCCGAGAACAUGCGGGAAUCGGUGCGCCUGGCCAUGCUCGACACCUCCAUCGACAUGAGCAUGAACCCGCCUCUCGCCGUCGGCUUCGCAGACGCCCUGCUUGACCUGGUCAAAGCGGGCGUGGUCCCCGAGGCCCGGGUGGACACCUCAGUGGCUAGGGUCUUGGCCUUGAAGGAAUGGCUGGGCUUGCUCGACGAUCCCUUCCACCUCCUCGAUGCCUUUCCCGCCUUGGAGGCCUCCGUCGGGUCUCCGAAGGACAAGGCGGUUGCCCUGGCCCUUGCCCGCGAGUCCAUCGUCUUGUUGGAGAACCCCGACGGCCUCCUCCCCCUCGACCCGGACCGCAUGGCCGGUAAGCGCAUCCUCGUCACGGGCCGGGGCUGCCACUCGCUGGGAAUGCAAUCGGGGGGCUGGACCCUGCACUGGCAGGGGGCACGUCGCAACGAGGUCUUCACGGAGGGAAGCACCUACUUGGAAGGACUCAAGGCCCGCUUUCCGCUCGCGGAGAUCAGAUAUCGCCCCGGGGUGUCGGUGACCGGGAGGGACCUGGGCGAGGCGGAGGCCCUGCGCGAGGCGGAGGCGGCAGACCUGGUCGUGGUCUGCGUUGGCGAGAGCACCUAUGCAGAGAAGCCCGGGGAUAUCAACGACCUGGCUCUACCGGCGGGGCAGCUUGCCUACGUGGAAGCCCUCAUGUCGGCGGGGCCGCCCGUCGUCGCGGUCCUGGUCGAGGGCAGGGCUCGGGUCUUGGGUCCUGCCCUCGACCAGGCCGCAGCCGUGCUGGACGUGAUGCUUGCCGGGCCCAGCGGGGGCCAAGCCCUGGCAGAAAUCGUGGCGGGGGACGUGAAUCCCUCGGGGCGCCUUCCUUUCACCUACCCAAGCUUUACAGGGGUGGCGCCGCAGCAGUACUACCGGAAGCCGAGCUCCUUGUGCACGACGGGCCGUGCCGUCCUCCCCUUCAAGUACAUUGAUUGCCCGAGGCAGUGGGACUUCGGCCAUGGCCUUUCAUACACGUCGUUCGCCUACGUGAACGUGAGUCUGAGCGCCACAGAGAUCGACGAAGAUACCCCCCUGCAGGUGUCCCUCACUGUGGUCAACACGGGCCAGCGCGCAGGGAAAGAGGCGGUCUUGCUUUUUGUCACCGAUAAGGUGCGCCGCGUCACGCCUGAGUACAAACUCUUGAAGCGCUUUGAGAAGGUGGAGUUGGAAGCCGGCGCCUCUUUGCCCCUCACAUUCACCCUGCGUGCCAAAGAAGACCUCUCCUUCAUCGGUGUGGACAACCGGCGUCAAUUAGAGGGCGGCCUCUUCUAUGUGGGCCUGGGGCCCCGGGCGGACUGCCGAGCCCGGCCUGAGGAGUGCUUGGCUUUCACCCUCUCCCUCUCGCCUUCCUACGAUGUGCUGUGUGAAGCGGGCUGUGCGGUGUGGACACGCCCGCAGGAUGGGAGGCCGAACGACGAAGAAAGCAUACCUGGAGCCUUCCAUGCCUUGUUGGCGUCCGCGACGAGCUGCCAAGAGACCUGCAUCACUCACAGGAAGCAUGCCCCUGA